CCCAAAUGUAACAAAACUCAGCAGAUCAGAAGGGGAAAAAGAUAAACCCUAAUUCCUCAGAUUUUUCGAGAUUACAAUUUGAGAACCACCGAUUCGAGUAGCUAUGGGGAUUCUAUCAUGGUUCACGGGAAGUCCUAAGCCGUCACAGUCCGAGACGUCUAAGCCGGAGAUGAUACAGAUGCCGAAAUCAGAAACUCCAGCUCCGGGGAUGAACGGAGCCAUAGAAGUUCCUCGGCCCGAUCGCGCGACGGUUUUCGAGUUCGGCUCCGUAGCGGCCACCGGAGACAGAGUCACUCUCGCUGGAUACUGUCCCGUUUCCGAUGAUCUCGAACCUUGCCGCUGGGAGAUUCUUCCCGCCGACGGCAAAGACGCUCCACAGUUUCGCGUCGUCUUCUGAAGAAUCAGUUAAUAAUCUCUAGAAGAUGUAAACUUGUUCAAUCUCGUCGUUGAUAAUUGUAUUUGGUCUGGUAAUGUCAUCUCUUUCAUUUGAAAUCGAACAUGUUCUCAUCUUUAA